UACAAAACUGAUGUUUUGAUUUCUAUGAUUUGUCAAAACAAAACUUUUUUUAGGUUAGGAAAAAGCAUAACUACGGUAUAUUUAAUCCUCUGUCUUCGAAAAUCUUUCUAAACGAAUUUAAAUAUAAAGAAAAUAGUUUAAAACUUAGUGUUCAGCUUAAUAAAAUAUAUUGAUAUGGUGGUUAUUUUAUAUCAUACUAUAUAAUGUCUAAGCUUUUUUGUGUUGCUUUACGUUUAAAGUGUAAAACGUCUAUCCUCCAAGCCUUGUUUUAUUCAUCACAACCACAGCAGGAAUGUACAAAAAGCUUAGGUAAAGUCGUUAAUGUAGCAAUUAUUGGCGCACCGAAUGCCGGGAAAAGCACUUUAAUUAAUAAAAUCAUAGAGAGGAAAAUAUGUGCUGCUUCCAACAAAGUACACACUACUACUAAAUUAAUAAGAGCUCUUUGUUAUGAAAAUGAUACCCAAAUUGUAUUUUUGGACACUCCUGGUAUUGUUACAGAAAAGGAGCAAAAAAGAUAUAAAUUACCUGAAUCUAUGCUUGCUGCAUGUCAAAAGAGCUUAAGAUGUGCAGAUGUAAUAGGCGUUGUACAUGAUGUUUCCAAUAAAUGGACAAAAGACAAAUUACAUAAUGAUGUUAUUAAUAUGCUAGAAAUGGUCAAGGAAAUACCUAGUUUUUUGAUCAUAAACAAGGUGGAUAUGUUAAAGUCUAAGAAACAAUUAUUGACUGUAAUUAAUAACCUUACAAAUGGUAUUAUUGCCGGUAGUAAAAUACCUAAUGCAAAUAAAACUAGGAAGACCCAAGAAAAGAUGCAAGGUUACAGUCACUUCUCCGAUGUGUUCUUGGUAUCUGCGCUUAAUGGAGAUGGUGUAUAUGAUAUAAAGCAAUAUCUAAUUAAUAAUGCUAAACUUCGUUACUUGCAUUAUGAUCCAUCAGAAUGGACUGACCAAACUCCGGAAAUACUAAUAGAAGAAGCUGUGAGAGCGAAAUUUAUGGAUUUUCUUAACCAAGAAAUUCCUUAUACCUUAACAACGAAGUUAGAAUAUUUUGACGACGUUGCAGAAGAAGACAAAAUUACGUGUUCCGUGUCAGUCGAAUGUCCCACAGAGAGAUUAGUCAGGUUAAUUAGUGGGGCUGGUGGAGGCCGGCUUCAACAAAUAAAAUCCCACGUUAGAAAUGAUUUAGUAGACAUGUUUAAAAAGCCCGUUGUCAUAGAUAUCCAAUUAAGAGUAAAAAAUAAACCGACAUCCGAACAAACUAUUUAAACUUGUUAAUGUAAUCUUUUUUGUUAUAUUUAUAAUUAGUAAAGAAUAUACCAGAAAUAAUUUUUUUAUUUAAUUAUCCUGGAUUACAUCACGUCAAUCGUAAUUU